AUGGGGAAAUCACCUAAAAAACAGUGGGGAAAAAUCCUAAAAAAAACAGUGGGGAAAAGGUUCAAAGAGGAGUAUUCGCUACUCAGACCGUGGGACGACGACCGGGGGAUCGGAUCGGCGGCGAUGGCGGCGGCGGCGCGGGAUGGGGAAGCGAGGCGGGCGCACGCGGCGAUGGUGGGGUCGCAGUUCAUCAACGCGGGGUACCACGUCAUCGCGAAGCAGGCGCUCAACGUCGGCGUCAACCGCGUCGUCUUCUGCGUCUACCGCGACCUCCUCGCGCUCUGCGUGCUUGCUCCCAUCGCCUUCUUCCGCCACCGCGGCUCGCCCGCGCAGGCUCGUCCGCCGCCCGUCACGCGUCGCCUCCUUACCUCCUUCUUCUUCCUCGGGCUCACGGGCAUCUUUGGCAACCAGCUGCUGUUCUUGUUCGGCCUCGGCUACACCAAUCCGACAUACGCCGCCGCCAUUCAGCCGUCAAUUCCCGUCUUCACUUUCAUCUUGGCCCUCGUCAUGGGCACUGAAACGGCGAGCUUCGUCACACACGAGGGCCGUGCCAAGGUUGGUGGCACCAUCGUCUGUGUGCUUGGUGCUGUUCUCAUGGUGUUGUACAGGGGGGCAGCUGUGUUUGGUAGCAGCGAGUUAGAUCUUGAUGUUCAGAGCAAUGUCGUCAUCACCGAGAUGUUGCAACCUGAGCCAGGAUCAUCUUGGUUCAUUGCAUAUGGGCUGGAAAAGUGGCAUAUCGGAGUGCUAUGUUUAAUAGGGAACUGCCUCUGUAUGGCAACUUAUCUUGCUUUGCAGGCUCCAAUUUUGGUGAAGUACCCUUGCAGUUUGUCAUUGACAGCUUACUCAUACUUUUUUGGAGCUCUUUUAAUGCUUAUUUCCGGAGUUUUUUCAACAACCAGUAAAGAAGAUUGGACUUUGACUGCAUCUGAGUUUGCGGCUGUUGUAUAUGCUGGAGUUGUUUCAUCUGCUCUUAAUACUGGUUUAUUGACAUGGUCCAACAAAAUUCUGGGCCCAGCUAUGGUGGCACUAUAUAUGCCUCUCCAGCCAGUGCUCUCUGCUCUCUUGUCAGUGCUCUUUCUGGGCAGUCCAAUUUAUUUCGGAAGUAUUAUUGGAGGGUUUCUAAUCAUCUCUGGUUUAUACAUUGUCACCUGGGCGCGACGUAGAGAAAACUUGACUGCCACUGGAGUACCUUAUGUAAAAUGUGCAUUGGAGCCAUGCGACGGUGCUUCUCAAGUCAUAAAGGGCGGUAACCUCAGCCCCAGGCCCUUUAUAUCCCUUUCUAGGCUGUGGAAUGUGCCACAUGAAUCUUGA